CAGCGCCACACAGUCAGUUCAUUUUCAGACGGUGUGUCGACUGGUGUUCUCGAUAACACGAUUACGUUGCGACUACGCGCACGCAUCUACAUCUGUUUCUCCCACCAACUCUCGCAUUAUUCCGCUGUGCGAGAGAAUCACAUUUACUUCCGUAAACGUUCGUGCUUCCAUCCGUGCGCAUCAGAAACGGUUCCCGAUGAAUGCGACGCAUCGUGAAACAAAGUGAAUUCCGCCAAACCAGUCGUAACGAGAAUGCGACAACGAAGAAACAAACACACGUAAAAAAAGCCCAAGCCACACAGCUGUGUCGGAUACGAGGGAACGACGAUCGAACCUGAUCGAGUUGGAGUAAACGUAGCAGUGGCGUCGUUUGCGAACGAACGAAAGAGUGUUUCGGUCGAACGCGUUCGUCCGAUUAGAGGACAGACGCGAACAAGUAUCGUUAAAUCCGUCGAUUAUCAGUCGUUUCGAUAACCUAUGCGCCGCGAUUUCUAAAGGAAAAACCGUUCUUUGUCGGCGAUUUAUUCGCGCAAAUCGCUACUAGAAUCGCUUCGUGCACAAAGCUUUCCGAUCGAUCGAAAUCGACGUCGAAUCGAGAAUGUGGCAUCCGUCGAGAAUGACACCAAUGGAGAAAAAUGUUCCAGACAGUAGCGAGGACAAGUACCAGGAGCAACGUGACACGGGCCACACAGAUUCUGGUUUCCUCUCCAGCGGAAACCUUCAAGUUAGCUCGGAAUUGUGCGAUUCCGAAUCGUCUAAUAUCGUCGCAACGGCGCCCGUGGCACCGGAACCAAUGAGGCUGGACAGCGGCUUGGAUCUCGGGCUCAGCGAAAGCCUGAGCCAGCUUACGUUGAAGCAAGUCACUUUGAACGCCCUCGCGAGCGGCAAAGUUCAGGCCGAGCCCACCGUCGAGCUGAUCCCCGUCAGCUCCGUCAAAAACGAUCAACGACACGAAACAUCGACGUUAUUACGACACUGUGAGUCGCAACGAGUGCCCGAGAAACCGCUCAACGACGAGCUUCGACUGCUCUACUACACACAGGACGACGAUGGUGAUACGCAGCUGCACAUAGCGAUAGUGCAGGGUUUCCUGGAGGCUGCGUUCAGUUUAAUAAGGAUGGCACCGCACUUGUGCCUUUUGAAUAUUCUAAACGACGACGGUCAGUCUCCUCUGCACCUGGCGGUAUUGACGAGGCAGCCGAGGAUAGUCAGGCGGUUGGUUCUGGCAGGUGCAAAUCCCGCACUGAGGAAUUUCCGCGGAAAUACAGCUUUACACCUGGCUUGCGCGACGGGUGAUCUCGCCUGUGCCAAGGCUCUCACGGAUCCCUUGUCGCCCGUCGAAAGGACCUACCUUAUGCCUGGGAAGAAAGUACCUGCCUUGCCGCAGAAUCUCGAGCAACGAAAUUACGAUGGUGAGAUGUGCCUCCACAUAGCGGCGUCCACGGGUCAGGUGGAACUGGUGCGACUCCUGCUGCGUCUCGGAGCGGAUCUUGAGGCCAGGGAAGCGUUGGCGGGAAAGACGGCUCUUCACCUGGCCGUGGAACGCGGUUGUCGAUCAGUAGUCGCGUUCCUGCUCCAAGAGUGCAGGCCCUGUCUGGACACGCAAACGUACGCUGGUAUCACCGCCUAUCAGAUAGCUCUGUGCUUGGAUAGCCAACUGGCGAGGGAGCUGGUGAGACUGGGAGCGACGCCUGAACCUCUUCCCGAAUCAGACUCGGACAGUAGCGACGAGGACGACGGGACACCAAUGAAUUACUUACCAGCGAUCUCGAGACUUAGGCAGAACGUGGUCGGUGUCCGAGUGUAGGAAAUAUCGAUUGAAUUUUUAGGCUCGUUCGUCGGUCACCCACGCUUUCUUUUUCUCUUUCUUUUUUGGCUGAUCGAUACCCAAGGUAGAGUAUGUAAUCGAUUUACGAUCAUCGUCGAGGGUUACGACGAAAACGAGAUAUGUGUAAUGUACUAAUUGUUGUCGACUUUGAGGGUACCAUGGAACGAUUAGUACGCACAUAUACAUAUAGAUAGAGGUACGUGAAGAUUCGAGGUUCGUCGAGUACAAGUAUGAGCGUGUCUGUAUCGAGUGGAUUAAUCUCGUGAUGCUUAGAUACCAGAUUUCCUGACAUAUGUAUACGAUUGUCGUCGUGAAAACGAAACAGAGACGAACACGAGAACGAAAGAGUAACGGAAACGUUAUAAAUUUAACAUGAUCGAAAGAUGUAAUCGAGUCUCAGAAAUGUUGAACGCGUGCCUCUGUGAGGAACGUGUACUUGGAUUAAUGAGCGAACCAACGAGUAUGAUUGUAACGUUAUGUUUCGACUGCAAAAAGUAAUGAAUUUUACGCUUAAGGAGACCGGAAGAUCUCGUUAUGUAAAUAAUAAUCGAAGAAUACCGAUUUUCGUUCCGCGUUGUGUGAGAAUGUUGUGUGACGCCCGUACGCUUCGACGCGUCUUUAGAUUGAAAGAGUUACAUAUACGUCGAAACGACGGGGGAACAAGAAUAUAUAUAUAUAUAUAUGAACAUUCGUAAUUUGAUUGUUUGCUUUAAGUUGUAUAUACGUAUAUUUAUGUUAGGCGAAUUUAAGAGACCGAAACAACACUUCUGAAUGAAUAUAUAUAGAAUAUUUAUCGAGAAGCGUACGAACUGUUUAUUCGAAUACUGCUUGCGAUAGUGCCGUGAACGUUUAUAAACUCCCACGCCCCGCCCUUGUUGUACAUAGUCAUCUUUUCUUAGUGUAAUAAACGUUUCGUUUUUGCGGCGUCGAUAAUAACAUCAAUAAUAAUAGAACGGUAAUAUUAACGUUGUUACGUAACUUGUCUACAAUUAUUUUUUUAGUAAUAAAAAGCCUUGGCAAAUUUACUGUGAA